ACAACAGACCUUGGGAGCAGAGGAAGAAUCAUCUGCAACAUGAGACUCACCUGCUCUCUGCUAAUCAUGGGAGCAUUCUGUGUGGCACCUUUCCUCUGCCAUAGCCAAAUUGAUCCACUAGCUCUUGGGCGAGCAGACCCCCAGUGUUGGGAAUCCUCCUCAGCUGUCUUACUGGAGAUGAGGAAGCCUCGCAUUUCUGACUCUGUCAGUGGCUUUUGGGACUUCAUGAUCUUCCUGAAAUCAUCAGAGAACUUGAAACAUGGGGCUCUGUUCUGGGACCUGGCUCAGCUCUUCUGGGAUAUCUAUGUGGACUGCGUGCUCUCAAGAACCCACGGCCUAGGGAGAAGGCAGCUAGCAGAAGCUAAACAGAUCGCUCCUCUGCGUUCUCAGUUCACAGGGAGAAACAAAGGGAUACUUUCUCAUAUUCAGCGGUUGCCAGCUCUGAAGAAGAAAGACUCGUUUGAGGAUAUAACAAGUAUCCACAUGCAUAAGAGUAAAUCUACAGUACUUGGAAGAAUCAUCAGAGAGCUAGGGAAAAAGAGGAAAUGA